AACUUGCGGAGAAGAAGAAGUUGCAGAGAGAGAGAUCGGAUGGGAAUAAUCAAGAGCUGCUUCUCCCUCCUUGUGGGUACAGCUUUCGGCGUUUACUUGGCCCAGAACUACAACGUCCCCAAUAUCAGAAAGCUCACCAACACCAGUCUCGUCGUCGCCAAGCACAUCGAGGAGAACUAUCGCAAGCCCAAAAAGGACGACGCCGAAUGAUUCGUGUUUUAAUGUGUUGUAGUUCUCCAGUGUGAAGGUGAUCUGUAGAGAGGGAAGAAUGGAGGUGGUGCAAGGCAUAGUUGGCUUUCUCUCUCAACACAUAUUACAGAGAUUUGAUUUCACUAGGAAGUUAAUUGAUUAACUAAGAAGGUUUUGAUGUAUUUUGACAUGUUCUGGAUCCAAUGAAGUAAAUCAGUUUGGCCUGGUGGAUUUUUGCUUGUAUUUCUGUAAUCACUGACACUAAACUGACUAAACAGAGCUCUGUAAUAAGCAUUACUCAUUGUUUCUUUGUCAAGAUAUGUAUAAUAAGAGUAUCUACACUUGAUA